CGUAGUAGCGGGCAGCCGACACAGGCUGCUUUGGAGCCGCGGAUUCCGGAGCAAGCGGAAGCCCCCAGGGCUGCCGGACCCCAACCGGGCCGCCCGAGCUGCGCGGCGCCGACUCGGGCUGCCAUCCCCCUCCCCGAGAGGGCUGCGCGGGCGGGAAGACGCCCAGACGCCAGCUUCGGUCCCCCUUCUGUCUCUUGGUUCCUCUUUCCUCCCAAGUAAGGGAAUAAGCCCCGAGGAAGGAGCGCUCCGGGAACCGCGCAACCAAGUGUUGCCUGGUGAGGAAGAGCAAGGAUUUCUGAAUUUACCUUGACUAUAGGUAGAAGGAUGUUGCCUAAGGAAUAGCAGAGGUCUUCCCUCAUCGGCUGAGAGGUGCCCGCUGCUGCCAUAGACACUUGGGUCCUGGAGACGUCUCCUGAAGGGCCCGUCCAUCGCAUACCUGCAAUGAGCCAGACCCUGGGCUGGGCCUCAGCUUCACCCUGGUGAACAAAACUCUGUCCCUGGCCUCAAGUGCUCACACCCAGCUUAAAGAUGAGUGAAGAACGCUGGGUCUCCCUCACCCCAGAAGAAUUUAACCAACUCCAGAAAUAUUCAGAAUAUUCUUCCAAGAAGAUAAAGGAUGUCUUGGCUGAAUUUAAUGAGGGUGGGAGCCUCAAACAAUAUGACCCACAUGAGCCAGUUGGCUAUGAUGUCUUCAAGCUGUUCAUGAGGGCAUACCUGGAGGUGGACCUUCCUCAGCCACUGAGCACGCAUCUCUUCCUGGCCUUCAGCCAGAAGCCCAGACAAGAGACCCCUGACCACCCAAAGGAGGAGACCAGCAACAGCGAGGCCAGUGGCCCAGAGUCCAGCAUUCAGAAUGCGGAUAAUGCUGCCAAAGCAGAUGAGGCCUGUGCCCCUGAUACCGAAUCAAAAAUCACUGAGAAGCAGGUGCCAGCUAAAGACCAAGUGGCUGCAACCCCUCUGGGAAACCCUGUUGCUCAGUCUUCAGGCUCAGAAUCCCCCAUAGUGUACCUGAAGGAUGUUGUAUGUUACCUGUCACUGCUGGAGACGGGGAGACCUCAGGAUAAGCUAGAGUUUAUGUUUCGUCUCUAUGACUCGGAUGAGAACGGUCUCCUGGACCAAGCGGAGAUGGAUCGUAUUGUUAACCAAAUGCUGCACAUUGCCCAGUAUCUCGAGUGGGAUCCUACGGAGCUAAGGCCUAUAUUGAAGGAGAUGUUGCAAGGGAUGGACUACGACCGGGACGGCUUUGUGUCUCUACAGGAAUGGGUCCACGGAGGGAUGACCACCAUCCCAUUGCUGGUCCUCCUGGGCAUGGACGACUCUGGCUCCAAGGGGGAUGGGAGGCACGCCUGGACCAUGAAACACUUCAAGAAACCCACCUACUGCAACUUCUGCCACAUCAUGCUGAUGGGCGUUCGGAAGCAAGGCCUGUGCUGCAUUUACUGUAAAUACACUGUCCAUGAACGCUGUGUAUCCAAAAACAUUCCUGGAUGUGUCAAAACGAACUCAAAAACCAAAAGGAGUGGUGAGGUGAUGCAGCACGCGUGGGUGGAAGGGAACUCCUCCGUCAAGUGUGACCGGUGCCACAAAAGUAUCAAGUGCUACCAGAGUGUCACCGCGCGGCACUGCGUGUGGUGUCGGAUGACGUUUCACCGCAAAUGCGAAUUAUCAACGCUGUGUGAUGGUGGGGAACUCAGAGACCAUAUUUUGCUGCCCACCUCGAUAUGCCCCGUUACCCGGGACAGGCAAGGUGGAAAGUCUGAUGGCAGUGUGUCAGCCAAGGGUGAACUUGUGAUGCAGUAUAAGAUCAUCCCCACCCCGGGUACCCACCCCCUGCUGGUCUUGGUGAACCCCAAGAGUGGAGGGAGACAAGGAGAAAGACUGAACUUUUUCCGUGAUACUCCAGACUUCCGUGUUUUGGCCUGUGGAGGCGAUGGGACAGUUGGCUGGAUUUUGGAUUGCAUUGAUAAGGCCAACUGUGCAAAGCAUCCACCAGUGGCUGUCCUGCCUCUUGGAACAGGAAAUGACCUGGCCCGCUGUCUCCGCUGGGGAGGAGGUUAUGAAGGGGGCAGCCUGACGAAAAUCCUGAAGGAAAUCGAGCAGAGCCCCUUGGUGAUGCUGGACCGCUGGCACCUGGAAGUCAUCCCUAGAGAGGAGGUGGAGAACGGGGACCAGGUCCCAUACAACAUCAUGAACAACUAUUUCUCCAUUGGCGUGGAUGCUUCCAUUGCACACAGAUUCCACAUGAUGAGAGAGAAACACCCAGAAAAAUUCAACAGCAGGAUGAAGAACAAGCUGUGGUACUUUGAAUUUGGCACCUCAGAGACCUUUGCAGCCACCUGCAAGAAACUCCACGACCACAUAGAGUUGGAGUGUGACGGGGUUGGGGUAGACCUGAGCAACAUCUUCCUCGAAGGUAUUGCCAUUCUCAACAUUCCCAGCAUGUAUGGUGGCACCAAUCUCUGGGGAGAAACCAAGAAGAACCGGGCUGUGAUUCGGGAGAGCAGGAAGGUCGUCACUGAUCCCAAGGAACUGAAAUUCUGCAUCCAAGACCUCAGUGACCAGCUACUUGAAGUGGUGGGGCUCGAAGGAGCCAUGGAGAUGGGGCAGAUCUACACUGGCCUGAAGAGUGCGGGCAAGAGGCUGGCCCAGUGCUCUUCUGUCACUAUCAGGACGAACAAGCUGCUGCCGAUGCAAGUAGAUGGAGAGCCCUGGAUGCAGCCACCAUGCACGAUUAAAAUUACUCACAAGAACCAAGCGCCCAUGAUGAUGGGACCUCCCCAGAAGAGCAGCUUCUUUUCACUGAGGAGGAAGAGCCGUUCAAAAGACUAAACAAUGUGCCAAAUACCAGUUAAACCAAGAGAUAAAACAAGAAACUGUAAUACACACACACACACACACACACACACACACACACCCCUCUCUAACCAUUGGAAGCAAAACCACCCUUUAGGAAGAAUCCUUCACCCUGACAUACAUUCUAUUUAUUUCAACAGUGGACACAACCCACCAGAGCCAGUGCCAACAGAACAUUUUGAAUGGACUUAGGGCCCACCAGGGUGAGGCUGGCUCAUGCAGCAACCUCCACAUUCCCAGCCUUGAGUGGGACUUUCUGAGACUGAAAGAGAAAUCCCCCUUUCUUCCCACCAGUGCUGCAAGUUUCCUCAUGAACAUUCGCAAGGAGCAGGCUGCAGGUUUCCUGCCUAUGGUGAGAUCGGAUGUGGCCAAGGAAAAGAACUCCUGUUCCAGAGAACUUGCACAAAGGUCCCUCUGUACAGAGACAAAACAGCCUCCGACUCUCAGAGCAACUCCCUUGGCAGGGCUCAGCAAGCGCACGUUGGUUUCUUGGUUGUCCUUCGAGUGACAAUUUCUCCCUGAACUCGCUGAGGAGGCAGAAAGGCUGUGGAAAGCUGUGUUUCCAUUCUUGGUUCUCUGCGCUGUCAGUGGGCACUUGUUAUUUUUCCCAAAGCCUUCUCCCAGUGGCUGUGUGUUUGUUUAGAGACGGCUCCAGGAGGGCCCAGCGCUGCCUGCACAGCACACCUUAGAUGUGGUAUUUAUUUUCUUAGUUCUGUGAACACCUGGGAGGGAAAGCAGAGAAACUGGGAUUUAUUUUUCAAAUUGGUGUCAUAAUAUUGUGUAAAAAGGGAAGAAAAAAAAAAACACCCCCAGCUUCUUUCUUUUUCAAGCCAAAGCGUGUUUCCUGUUUGAGUUCCAAGCCCUGGUGGCAGACUAUUCCUGAAGGCAGAGAAGAUGGGAAGGAAGGGCCUUUUGCUAAAGAGCCCAGGAGGCAAACCAUCAGGUGGUUCCCUCCUGCCUCUCUGCACGUACCACUCCCAGAGUAGACCUGAAUGCCCUUCUGAUGGUCUCAAGUGUGUGUACAUAUAUAUAGCAUAUAUAUUUAUAUAUAUAUAAAUAUUUAUUUGCUGAUGGACUUUUCCUGAUUGAAAAAAAAAUUAUGUAGUAUAGGAACAGAAAUUGAGAAAGAAAGAGAAGGUUCUUACUCCCAAUUCCACCAUUUCAUUGCCAAGAUACAUUUCCCCAUGGCGAUCAUGAGAUUUAAGGGAAAUGAAAGUAGCUUCUUAUCAUAAAGAGACUGAGAAUUUCUAUUCUGGAUUCUCAAAAAAACCAUGAAAGAUAUGCUGGGCAGGAUUUACUCUCCCAUUUGUCAGAUAAGGAAACUUAUCUUGGAAAAGCUAAGAGACCUGUUCAUGGUAUCUUGGCUAAUGUGGUUUGGGAAUAAGUGCCACUAAGAAGAUAUUUAAUAGAGAAAAGAAUCCAUUCAUCUUGGAAUAGGGGCAUUUCCGGUCACUGAGAAAUGAUUCCAUUUGGAUCCAGUUGCCAGGGAAGAAUGAAUGUGCAGCACAUAUGUGGUUGGGACAGGCCCACAUGAGAAAACGGGGGCCUCGUGAUGCUUCCUAGAGAUUUUCUCUGGCCUGAACUGGUGAGAAGUUGGUCUGGGGUUGAAGGCACUAGACAGAUCAUUAAAUUAAACUCUCCCCAUGUCAACUCAUCAUGGCCAUCAUAGUCUCUUUGUCUGGAAACACCUUUGGCUGCAGGGAUGACCUCAAUGGAGAGUUACAAGGAGGACUAAGGCCCCUUCUAUGAGGUGCUGCCAGCCAGUAUCCAGAGGGGUCUCGGCAGAGCUCAAUAGGCUUCAUUCAGCUGGUGCCAACAUUACCCUCCUUUCCCAAAGGCAAGACUGUGUAGGGCUUCAUUGGUAGAAAGAAACAUUUGCCUCAGCACCUUUGCUCCCUCAGGCCUCCAUCCUCUCUGAGAUUUCUCAAGAGGAAACCUGGGCCCACUCAACAUCACUCCACUGAGCUCCCCCUGAUCUUGUACUGGGUCAUCAGGAGCUUUGCACAAAGAAGGAAAAAUUAAGAUUGUGUAUGCAUAUUGAUCCUAACUCUGAAGGAAGCAGUCACCUAGGACGUUUAGGACGGAGAUCUAGGACCAUCCUACUCAACCGAACAGUGCAGAACACUGGGCAAGGGGAAAGCCAGGCCACCUGAAGAAUGUCCUGAAUGAUGGGAUCCUUGGCAAUGGGACCAACAAGCUCCAGAAUGACGACAGGUACUGUCUCGGAAGCCACUUGAUUCUGAAAUGA